CUCGACUCGGCAGAUGAAGUUUGAAUUCUGGUUGAUGAAGACUACGUGAUCUUUUUGAAUACUUCUGUUGCUGCACUCGAAUUACUCUCUGAAGAUUCUUGGAAAAAACACUAAUAGAGCAAACAUGAAUAACAGUUCAGUGGGAAGCUUACCUGAGCGUCCAAACCAUGGCGUGGUGUCCCUUAGCAGGUUACUUCCUAUCGCUUUGAUCAUCGUUCUCACCAACGGACUCGUAUUUUUCCUGUUUUUAAGAAAAGAGUCUCUCCGAACUACCUCCAAUUACCUCCUCCUUGGCUUAGCGAUAUCUGACUUCAUCACAGGCGCGAUAAACAUUCCCUACUUCAUUGUGUUUACCUUCAAUGUUGUACCAUUGACCAUGGUAGGAAAUUUCAACUUUUGGAUGUUCGCCCUGCACACCCUGAUGGCGGUCUCAGCUGGGUUUCACAUACUAGCCAUAACUGCAGAUAAAUACUUUGCUGUUAAAAAACCACUGAGACGCCAGCUGAUAAGGAAGAGGAUGAUGUUUGGAAUUCUUGUGGCCAUUUGGGUCACAUCAGCUGUUAUUGCUGUGGUUCCCAUUGUUUGGAUCAAAAGCCAGUCACAACUUCUUUACUUUAUAAUUCAUGCUGCAGUUUGCCUCAUAAUAGUGUUUCUUGUGCCAUACACAUUUAUCAUUUAUGCGUUCAUUGUUAUAUUCAAAGUUAUUUCCAACCGCAAAAUACCUAAGAAGCAGAUUAACAUUGCCUUUUCGAGAUUUCAAGCCAAAAAGAACAACGAGCGAAAGUGCGUCAUAAUUUUUGCUAUCAUGGCUACGAUGUUUGCAUUUUGCUGGUUACCAUAUUUCGCCCUCAUGCUAAUAGCAAACAUCAAGUCUUAUCUGAUGUCGAGUUUGCCGGCCACCAUAUUGAAAGCAUUCGAGGUGUUUGUAGUUGUUAGGUACACGACGUCAGUCACUAAUCCUCUGCUCUACACGUUCUUUAAACGCGACUUUUGGGUUGCGUUUAAAAUCCUCUUUGGCAAAAGGCAAUUUAACUUACCCUCCCGAAGUAGAUCGUGCAGCCUUUCUCUUCGGUGCAAUUCUAAGGAUAUGACCCAGGCCACUCUCUUCGGUAGCAACCCGAUAUUGCUUGUUUCUUGGAAUCAGCUGAAUGGAAUUCUUCCCGAAAUAGAUGCAUUGCAUGGGGCGUCAGAAAGGAAUAUAUCUGCGCUUUAAGGUUUUAAACAAUAGAGAAAGGAUACUAGUUAUAAAUUUAAGUACAUAUGCUUAACUAUUAUUCCAGGAGUGUACGUUGCAAUUGGAUGAGAGAUGGUAAAUAGCAAAUCAGUUCCUUAGCGCCUAGUUGGUUAUAGCCAAUCUGGUAUCCAAUGAGAGCAUAUGGAAGCACUGUUUCAUCAAACUCUCAAAUUCCUCAAUAAUGCGGGGGAGCUCGCUAAAUUUCUUUAAACUCUCGAUUUUUGUUUCAAGUCAAAACUAUCGGAGGUCAACCUACUUCCAACUGCCAAAACGGCAAAACUUGAGUGAUAUGACAUUGCCGGCCUUCGUAUAACGAGGGAAUGGCUAUGAGGCAACAAAAAAUCUGCGUGUGUUACAACGCAAGUUGGAGCAUCAAUCAUUCAUCAUUUCCUAGGGUGGACUCUCCAGUGGCUUCGCAAUACAUAGCGUUUAAAAGACAAGGGAGUGAUGUGCAAACUUGACCAGUUAUGUUAUUGUUUGAGACUAACAUACCAAUGAAAGGGCACUCACGUGUUCUAUUCUUAGUUUUCAUCUGACUUCAUCAAAAUUAAAACAUAAGGAAUCAUCAAUCCCUUUGAGAUUUUAGUUUAGUUAGUUAUUAGAGUAGCUGGAGACAUCUUCUGCCAAAUUUCCAGUUUGAUGGGAUUUUUCGUCUUGUGACAAAGUCAGGUUCUAAGUUUUUGCGCGACACGAAAAUGCGGCCGAGAAUGCUUUCGCGUAUAAAAAGAGUGACUUAUCCGCUGAGAUUUCGCAAUCUGAACAGUCCUUGCUGAUUACAAGUACUCGUAUCGAUGUUGUCAGAACAUCAUCAUUUGUGCUCUAUGACGGGUAC